AUGGAUGAAAACAAAGGAGAAAUUCGUCUCGGACUCGAUUUGGGUCUCGGUUUGAACGAUUACAAUCCAAAUAGAAGAGAAAACCGUACUCCGCAAAACAAGAAGCGCACAUUGUUUCUCGAUCUGUCUAUUCCACUCUACACUGGCGAUCAGAGUGCGAGUCGCGAGUCGAGCUCGAGCCUUAAGAUCACGGGAAAAGACACGAUAAGACAAGGGAUUGUCGAGAGAAUUAACGGGUUUUGUGGCAAAGAGGAUGAUGAGAGCAAAACUCCCAUGGAUUUUGAGGGCAGGAAAAAACUGAGGCUUACUAGAGACCAAACAACAUUGCUUGAAGACAGUUUCAAACAACAGACUACCCUUAAUACGUCAUUAAAGACUUCUUGCCUCAGNCAGGCACUUGCAGAGAAACUGAGUCUGAAACCAAGACAAGUUGAAGUUUGGUUUCAAAACAGGAGAGCAAGGACAAAAUUGAAGCAAAUCGAGUUGGACUGCGAUUUCUUGAAGAGAAACUGUGAAAGAUUAAGUGAAGAAAACUGGAGAUUGAAGAAGGAACUUUUUGAUCUCCGAUUGUCGCUAAAGAUAGAGAAAACGCCUCCGCCGCCGCCAGUCCUCCACCACAUUCCCAAGGCGGCGCGUGAGAAAAACGUGAAAAAUAGGGACGGUGGUGAAAAGAAGGAACCGGCCAUUAAGGUGGUCCAAAACAACCCUAAAACUAAUUGA